UUUAGAAAAAAUAGGGUUUUUACUAUUAGAUUGUACCUCAAAAUUCUCAUCAAUGGAUACAUCUCUCUCUUUCUCUAGACUCCUCUCUUCUUCCACCACCACAUCACUCUUAUCUCCCAAAACCAAAACCCUCUCUUCCAAUUUUACCCUCCCCCUCAAACUCAACCGUUUCAACCCAAAACCUCUCCGAUUUUCCACUUCAUCCAAAAUCUCCGCCACCAUCUCCGUCGGCGACAAACUUCCCGAAUCCACCUUCUCAUACCUCGACCCCGCCGGCGAAGUCCAAACCAUAACAGUUUCCGACCUAACAAAAGGCAAAAAAGCCGUUCUCUUCGCCGUUCCAGGAGCUUUCACACCAACAUGCUCACAGAAACACUGCCAGCUUAUCAUGUGCGAUUGUUCCAGCUUAAUAGGGUGUUUUAGAUUCGUUUUUCAAAAGCUUUGCGCGCGUAAAUUGAUUCUGAUUAUGGGAAUACUAUGCGGCUUUGUUUCUAGCAAUUGGGCUGAAUCAGUCAUCCAAUUCGAUUUCGAAAUGGCAACCCAAUUUGACAUGUUGUGCGAUGUUCUUCCUGGGCAUAAUUCAUGGAAGUUCAAAGUUCGUGUCCUCCGUAUGUGGGCAAUUUCUUCUUUUAUGAAGCCUAAUGAGUUGAACUCUAUGGAAAUGGUGCUGAUAGAUGGAAAUGGUGUAUACUCUCUUAUUCAUGGGAAACAUUCCAAUUCUGUCGUGGUGACUGAUAUCACUCCAUUUGAUCGUUUUUAUCCACACAAAACUGUUCGUGAAUUUAUCGAUACACAGGAGUCCGGAUUUUUCGUGUUAUGUGCUCGAGUUGUAGGUAUAUUUCACAUAAAUAAGUGGUGGUAUCCCGUUUGCAAGUGUGGAAAUUUUCUUGACAUAUGGGUUGGAUGUUACUUCUGUGUCCAAUGCAAUAUCCACGUUUUCUGUGUAUCCUCGAUGUUUAAGUUACAGAUCGCAAUUGACGAUGGGACAUCAACUGUUCUUAUUCAGUCGACACAUUCUCCUCUUCGAGGAAUUCACUGCCUUAAUCAUAGUUCAUUGGGAAUAGAACAUGCAUUGGCUCAUUAUGGAAGCAAGGCUUUUGAGGGGAAAGAAAUUCUUUUCAUAGCUAGGAAGACUUCUAGAUCAGAGUAUAGGUUUGAAGAUUAUGUAGAAAUCAUAAACAUGACCGAUGAAGAGGGAUCUGUUCGUCGUUUCCAUGAGCUUGGCAAUAACUUUACUCCUACGAAGUCGAUAUAUAUUGAUCCAUUUGCCCAACUUGACGUGGAGGCGCACGAUAGUGUAUUAGUUUCAAGUGUGCAGAAAUUUAUCACUAAAGGGAAGAAGCCUUUGAUUGAUCUAGAAACUCCAUCAAAUUUUUCUUGUGUUACCACUGGAUCAUUCUCUACCUCAAAUUUGAUCAAAGCUAGGAAGAAAUUGUCGUAUGCCUUUAGUGAGUGCACCGGUGAAAGGAACAUCUUUGAAUGCUAAUUAAGUGAAGUAUGAUUUAAGCCAAAAGUUUUUGGUUGACGUGUGUACUCCUUAAAUGUUAUAGUUUGGUACAUCUUGUGUUAAUACUUCUUCCUGUUUCAUAUGUAAACAAAAAUAACUUUUUUAGAUUCAUUGAAAAAGUAAUAUAUUUGGUCUAUAUUUUAGACUAAAUACAUUCAUUUUCCAAUGAAUCUAAAAAAGCCGGAGGGAGUAUAUGUCACAUUAUCUAAUGUUUCAAUGUACUGUGGCUGUAUGUUUAGUCAUAUUUUUCAUUCUAUGUGCGUAGGAUUAAUUCAACUUGGUUGUUUGGUCAUGUUUAAAGGAUGUACUUGUGUAAGUUAUAUUUUGCUGCAUCUAAUGUUUGGUCAGGCUGUCCCAACAAUGCAUUAAUAAAAUAGAUAAUAUCAUCUAUUCUUUUAGCA